AUGUCUUGGAUGACUGAUGACGAGGCGGCGACCGAAGUCGGGACAUGGAGGAGUGAGCCUAACACGAAAGAGCUUAAACCAGCUCUUGUUACCAGAAGGGCCUUGUGGGCCUUGUACCAGAAAGAAAACGAGAGCUGGGCUGCCUCCGUGGCCAAAGUGGGCAUCAAAGCUGCAAGCUCCGUGUUAACCGGGUCAGGAACCUUGAGUGCCGUUGAAUGGUUGGCUGACACCCUUAAAGAAAAGGCGACAGAAGAACUGGUUGAAAAGGUUCUAGAAUCGGGCUUUGACUACAUCGCUGGCGCUCAUGUAGCGAAAAGCAGUGACAAGUACAAGAUCCAAGCCAACAAUCACUUCGCCACAAAGGUUGCUUCUGGUUUCCUGACCAUUUUGGUGUCGGCCGUUGGUGGCACCUUGACUGUUGUAUCAGGAGGCACUACCGUCGCGAUGGGCGCCAUCGCCCUUCUCGUCUGGAUUGGCGAGAAAAAUGAGGCUGUCAAGCGUGACCGCUGGCACGACAUCAUCGAAAGCGCCAUGGCCAAGUACAACACUAUCCGUGAAAAGAGGCUUUCGGAGAUCAAGCAGAAACAUCUCACACAGCUUGAGCAGCUCGUCAAGAGCAAUGCCUUCCAGGACCUUGAGGAUGCAAAACUUGUGAGGUCGUAUGAGUGGAAAAAGGGCAACAGCACUGUCAGAGCACGGUACCCCAACAAACUGCUGAAGAAACUCUGGCUACUCUUGAAGGGUAUGAUCGAUGGAACAGUGGCUAAACAGGUCUGGGUCAUGGAUGUCCUUGAGGUUGCCCGAGUGUACUCGGAAGAAACCAGAGAGCUCUGGCAAGCCAUUGAGGCAAAAAAGAACCCGAGGCCCAAUCUGUUCAACAAGGACGAGAUUCGGGACUUUCUAGAGUUCCAAGUCGACAGCCACAUCGAAGUGGACAGACUCCCCGAGACCAAAACACAGAAAGCUUUGGAAGUUCUCAGGGGAAGUAUGGCCAACGAAUACGGUGAAGUUACUCAGAUGGAAGACAAGGAGGGUGAUUUUAAAGAAGACGACAUGGACGAAUAUAAGGCUACAAUUAACAGCCCAAAGGUAUCUAACCCCAACCCUGCCCCUCAGGGCGGCAAGAGUAACAUAAGGAAUGGCUCUUCGUUCCUUAAUGCACUCGGGCGUCCAAGCCGCGCAAUGAAUUAUAGCAGCCGUUCAGUAACGAAAAGACCACGCGCUGCUAUCGCAUGUGACCCAUGUCGGCAAUCCAAAUCCAAGCACAAUCUGGUCUGUGUCUACUCUCAUACUGGAGGAGAUAAACGUUUGAAUCGCCGAGCAGAACGUCGGAGAAAGCGGCGCCGUCCAUACACCGGCGAGUGUGAGCUCAGUUCGGCGACCAACAUGCACUCGAACCAUGCAAUCUUCUGGUCUCUAAAUGAAAUCGUUACCAAAGUUGGGACGAGUUCCGGCCUUCUCCUCCAUCCUGAGCGUCUCCGGAAUAGCCAGGAUAACACGGAUUACGGUCCACUACCAGACCCCCCUUCCUCUUCAGUUCCAGGAUAUGGUACUGAUCGUGUUGGCACUGACUUGCUUCCUGAGCGUCAAACAGCCGUUAGAUGGAUAAUUCAAUUCUCUGACACUGUAGGGAGCCUGCUUCCUUACAUCAGUGAAGCUAGUUUGUUAUCCGGUCUCGAUGAGGUGCUGAAUAGAGCUGGCAAUACUCAGAGAUCAAUAAGGCCGAUGCUGGCAUUACUCAACAUAGUGUUUGCUUUCGCCCUGUCUGUUACCCAGGAGCACUCACCAGAGACAUACUACCGCCAGACCUUGGGUUUACUUGAUCCUGAAGCGCUUUGCGUGUCGAGCUCGAGGUUACACGCUUUUGCUCCUGGCUCUGUAUCAGCAGAACAGCCAACGUUCUACUGA